GAAUGACAGUCACCAUGGUCAUGAUAAAGCUGGCCAAACUUAUUGUGUGCGUCGUGACGUUUAUUUCUAGUAUAAUUUUGUUCAUGCUUAUAUUUUAUAUUGGUAAUUUAAUAGAUUUCUCACAGUUAAUUGUUCCCGACGAUGUUAGUUUCCGACUCAGGUUUCCACAAUAAUGAGCUGCUCCUGAAAAUUAUAAGUCCCGAGGGCGUAACGUUUUCCGCAUACUUCUCUGAAGACACAUUGAUCGAAGAGGUGAAAAACCGUGGCAUAGAUUUCUUCUACCCUAACGGCGAAACUGGGUCGAGCAGAUUUAAAAUGGUGCGUGUUUUCGAUACGUCGACGUUGCAUGACUUUUUAACAUUAGGCCAAGAACAGAUAACCUCGCAAGAGGAACUCUUGUUAGUCGAAAGACGAAUUCCUGAAGCUAGUACAUUAUGGGACCUGGGAUCCGUUAGGGCUCCGCUACACGGGGCUAUAGCUGCAGCCACCGCAUCUUUGCCAGCCCCACAGAACAACAUGCGACAACCGAAUCUACAGUCCCUGUUAUCUACCAACGAAUUGUCUUAUGAGCUAAGGAAAAUUCUGAUAUCCCUAAUAGAAGCCGGCGCAAGGUUGGCGGCAGCUGGGCGUAAUUACGAAAUGUCACUGGCGCAAUUAUCAGCCGCGUUGGACGAGCCGAGGCGGCUGAACCAAACCGUAAUCCAGGUCAUAACUCCAGAGGAGAUCGCCGCGCGAUUCAACGCUUUCGAAGACAACAAUUCUGAAGGCGCAUCUUCGGUCAAAUCCGACGGGCACGAUAUGUACAAGCGAGCUGAACAUUUACAAAGAUUUUUGGAGAAAUUCCGAGCUUGGCGGACUAAAAUCGCUGAAGCACCUACCCCAGACGCGAUCAGCGCUCUCAAGGAUUUGGGUUUCAGUUCUGAAGAUGCAGACAGAGCUCUUCGUUCCACUGGAUGCAACGUGCCGGCGGCCGCCUCAUAUCUGGUGGGGGAGAGGGGGUCGAGCAUCUUUGAACUGAUCAACGGAUUGCCUGAUGGUCCGAUCUUGCAGACUUUGCUCAAACAGCCCCAGAUCCAGCGCGGGUUGUUAAAUACGAGAAUGCUUAUAGCUUUUAUUGCGAUGGUCGGACAGACGGGCAGCGCUUCUCUUUGGCUCAACUCUCCUCACGGCAGCCCCCUUCUGUCACAAAUUUCGAGGACAUACCAUUCAGAGAAGUACUGCUUUGCAGUGAACCAGUUCUCUGAUAUCAGAGAGGAGUCUCCAAUCCAGACGGCAUCCACAUCGAGACAACAACAACGACGUUAGAUUUGCUUCAACCAAAACGAUUUUAAGAUUUUUCCGUUCAUCAGUAGACCGAACCCAGACUUAAAAUUGUAUAAUACAAUUUUUUAUAGCUUUGUUUCAUAAAAAAAAUACAGCUCGGGUAUGUGUAUAGGCUUGAAAUUUUAAACUGUGAAUAAUAGAUUUUCGAUAUCGAAUAUCGAUAAUAGAUAUCGAUAAGUAAAUUUUUUAUCUCCAAUACAAAAUAGAAUGGUUGUGAUUGGUUGAAAAACUUCCCAUUGGUUGAAUUUUCCCAGCCAAGUGUACUUAAAUUAUUGAUCUACGCAAUUUUUUAGACGUAUAACACCGCUGUCGCUGUAGUAAAUUUAGGUAUAAUUUUGAUGACUGAGUAUAAAAUAAUUAAAGGCGCUGUUUUCAUUUGGCUGGCAAGAUUGGGUGAUUACACAAGUUUCACAAUUAUUCGAUUUGGUAUUGCAAUCCAACAUUAUAAUGUAUUAAUGGGUCCGGACCCGUGCUUCACCUAAGUUCUCCACCUGGGUGAAGCACGGGGACUUCUAAGGUCCCGUGCUCCAACUGAUGACGUUAUUGUACAGUGAAUCAGUAAAUAGUUUUCCCUAUAUGAUUUAAAAAAAUCUAAACCAUUCCUUUUAUACUACCCAACCAAGCAGGAAAACAGGCAUGCGGCCCACCACGCGGUGAUGAUUUAUAUUCAUAAAAAUAAAUCACCUCGGUAUAA